CGGCGUUAAAAAUAAGUCCCUCAAUUAGUCGAUGCGCAACAGCCCUCUUGCACGUGAGCAGUGACUGACUUGACCCUGAUGAGGGGCUUUCGCAAACUUCCUACCUGCUUUCACUUUCAUUUCACUCGCCAUAUAUCAUCCAGUUCCACCAUUAUGUCUCGCAAUUAUGAGGCUGCGAUUGCAGCUCUGAACUCACUGCAAACCAAUUUUGCAGUUGUGGAAGAGUUACGCAAGUCACGGAAAGAUAUGAACCUGUUGUCCAUUCCAGAAACUGUUGAGUGGCUUCGUCGCAUUGGAUAUCAGCCCUCGGAUCUAAGCUGUAUCAAUCCUGUACAUGUCGCCGGCACGAAGGGCAAAGGCUCCACUUCGGCUUUUAUCGCAUCGAUUCUGUCACAAUACACUGCCUCGCAGCUAUCUGACACGGACUCAACCUCGCGAUCCCUCAAUAAGGUCGGGCUCUACACCUCACCUCAUUUGCGCUUUGCUAGAGAGCGUAUCCAAAUCGACAAUGCACCGCUCUCGGAGGAGAAGUUUGCCAAAUACUUUUUUGAAGUGUGGGAUCGUUUGGAAGAAGCUGCUCGAGUAGCCGGCGAAGAUCCUGCGAAUCUUAGAACGAAACCUCAAUACUUUCGGUACUUAACAUUGAUGGCAUUCCACACUUACAUCAGUGAAGGAGUCGAUGCUGCGGUUAUUGAAUGUGGAAUCGGCGGAGAGUACGACUGCACCAACGUGAUUCAAAAGCCAGCUGCGACAGCCAUUACCAGCCUGGGCAUUGACCACGUUGCUAUGUUGGGAAACACUAUUGAGGAGAUCGCAUGGCAUAAAGGUGGCAUCAUCAAAUCUGGCACCAAAGCAUUCAGCGCCCCUCAGCCUCCGUCUGCUGAGAAAGUCCUGCUCGAACGUGCUGCCGAGAAGGGAACCUCGCUGGAAAUCGUGAGGGGCCACCCCGAGCUCAAGACCGAUGGAGGCGUGAAACUCGGAUUAGCUGGUGACUUCCAAUAUACAAAUGCGGCAGUGGCAGUUGCAACAGCGGCUGAAUUCCUUCGGACUGUCGGCAUUGUGGAGGUGCCGUCAGACAUCCUGCAGGAACCCUUACCAGCAAAAUUCCGCAAGGGCCUGGAAGAGGCCCGUCUAGGCGGUCGUUGUGAGACACGCACUGAGAAGCGCAUCACCUGGUACAUCGACGGCGGCCACACACUUGAAAGUAUUAGAUUGGCUGGCCAAUGGUUUGCAUCUCAGAUCCGGGCAAACUCUUCAUCUGCUGCAGUUGCGCAAAAGAAGCAGCGGGUCUUGAUCUUCAACCAACAGACCCGUGAUAGCAAUGCCCUGGCCCAGGCUCUUUACGAGACUUUGGCUGCGGCGUUGGGCUCGGAGCAACCAUUUACUCACGCGAUCUUCUGCACCAACGUCACCUACAAGGCUGCCGGUUAUCGACCCGAUCUUGUCAGCAUGAACACAAAUGCGACGGAUGUGGAGAAACUGCAUGUCCAGAACAGUCUUGCCGACACAUGGCGGUCCAUUGACCCUCGCACUGAAGUCAAGGUGUAUAGCACCAUUGAGGAAGCUGUCGACUUUACUCGGGAGCUCGCUAUGAAAGAAAAGGACCUUGUAGGCCAGGAUGAAGCUCCUGUAAUGACAUUCGUUACUGGUAGCUUGCACCUGGUUGGUGGCUUCUUGGAUGUGAUUGAGACCAAGCCUGCUCCCCAGUAAGACCUGCAUUAUGCCUGCCUCACCAUGAGGUUUCAACAACAAAAUUGGUGAUACCCAGACAAAGCAAUUAUGCCUUGUUUAUGCUCUAUUGUUUGACUAUUUUUAUAUUAUGAUUGAUUUAGGAGGCGUUGUUUAGUUACAAUUCAACAAGGAAGCUUAGAUUCCCACAUAUAUUAGGGAGGAGCAAUUGAC